CUUCCUGCUCCUUCCCCCUUCCAUCCCCGUCUUCUCCCAGGAUGCCCGAUUCUCCAUCCGACGACAACGAUUCCAGAACCGCCGCAGUCGGCCCCCGCGCUCAGACAACCGGCUCCCGCCACUCCUCGCGUCAGAGCUCCCACGAUUCCAACCCGAACCCGCGGAAAAGGCGUCGCCGCAGUCGCUCCGCCGACGUUCGCAAUGUUCGCGAUUUCGUCCCCCAAGGCGCUACCUUUAGUGCAGCGGGACUUGGUGUUGAUGUAGACGCUACCUCAUCUUCCGGUUCCGACAGUGACGACGGGUCGUCCGACGGUGGUGAUGAUGAUGAUGAUGAUGCGCAGACCGAGACCGCGCCCGCGCCGCCGGCGAGCUGGAAUAAAGGCAGCAAGAGUGCGAUUCGGACAUCGCUUCGCAGUCGCGCGAAGCCAGAGGAGAGCAAACCUACGUCACAGUUCGACUCUGUCAAUGACAAAUUCUGGCGCAGUCGCAGUGAAUCUGUCUCCUCAGAAGGCGAACAUGAGACGGAGGCGUCAAAGCCCGCUCAAGUCGAUGGUAUUGAAGAGGGCGAAGUGAAUGAGGAGGAAGCUUCAGACGAGUCCAGUCAGAUGCAGCUCUCCGGCGACUCAGAUGAUUCAGAGUCUUUGGGAUCGGAAGCAGACGAUUCAAUCUUGCUGAAUAUCGGGUCACGGAACGGCCAAAGUCUCGGUCAGGACCAGGAUGGCUUAAUAACCCCAGACGGCGACGACGACUACGACCCCGAGGAAUUACCAGUAUCCAACGGAACAUCUACCAACGGACAAACCUCCACAAACCAAUCCAAGGAGGACGCGCUCCUCCGCUUUUCGAAGAAAUACCCGACCGCCCCCUCAACCCUCGCCGACCUCGACCGCGAAGACAUGGACAUCCAAGCGAAAUACCGCUUCUACGACCGCGACGUCAACGCCAUCGACCUCCAACUCCCCAUCGCCUGCACAGAAUGUCUACUCGAGGGUCACCUCGCAGAAGUCUGCCCGUCCCGAGAGUGCAUACACUGCGGCGCCUGGAACCAGCACCAAAGCAGCUUCUGCCCGACCUGGCGCCGGUGCCAACGAUGUCGCGCGCGCGGUCAUGACGACGACAACUGCCCAUCGGCACUGAAAGGCUCCUCCAGCGAAUUCCCCUGCGAACUAUGCGGCUCGACCACUCACAUUGAAGAAGACUGCGACCUGAUGUGGAAGCUCACUACUACCCGCCCGGACUCCGAACCCGUCCUCGUCUCCCUCUCCUGCGCCCACUGCACCAGCAACCGUCACCUUAUCGGCGACUGUCCCUCCCUCCCAUCCACCCGAACCCUGCUCUCCUCAUCCUGGACCGUCCGCGGCAUCGACCCUAACAUGAUCACCAACAUCAACUCCGUUGUCAAUCAUCGACGAAACAACAACAAUAAUAACAACAGCAACAAUAAUGGUAAUAACCGAGGAGGUCUCAAGAUCCGCGGCCGCGCCGACCACCGCCCGCCUUCCUCCGACAGCGACGACAUGAUGGCUCAUCGACGUGCGCCUGUUCAUCGCGGCGGCCGCGGCAAUAUUCGCAUUGGAAGCGGCAUCGGCAGAGGGAAUAAGAACAUUUCGGGUGGAAAUGGGUAUCGCGAUAGAUCUGAUUUCGGCCCGUCGAGGCAGCGCUCGAUGUCGCCGAAUCCUCGUUCCAUGCGCGGGAGAGGUGGGAAGGAUAGUUGGCAGGGCAGUGGUGGACGGGGGAAGUCGUCCGGUGGCGGUGGUGGUGGUAGCCGGCCGCCGUCGAGAGGUGGGAAUCCCGGUCGUGGAGGAGGUCGUGGUGGGAAGAGAGGUGGUGGUGGUGGUGGGGAUGCGUAUCGACCGUUACCGAGUGCGGCGAAGAAAGCCUGGGACAAGUAUCGGUUGUGAUGGAGUGGGUUCUUAUCGUUAUGAACAGGUUCGUUGACGCUGGCGUUUCCUGUGUGUGUGUAUAUAUACCCCGAGGGUGGAACGAUUGAUGUUGCAUGUUUCAAAAGUUGUGUUGAGUUAGAUCGUAGCUCAUAGCUUAGAGCUCAUUAUAUGUACAGACAAGAU